AUGGGAAAAUUAGGUGCAAGAAAUGUUGUUGUUUUCUCCUUUCUUCUUCUUCUGAUUGAGAAGAGGAAUGGGGGAACGGAGAAGGAGAAGAAAAGGGGAACUGGGGUUGGGAGUGGUGAAAAUGACGAUGCGGAAGGAUCAGUGGAGGAAAAAGCUCAAAGAGCACUGGAAUGGCCUUGCAUUGCUCAUUUGAGGACUGGUCCUUGUGGCUUCCAGUUCUCUGAUGCCUUCCUCUGUUAUGCUCCAGAGAAGGGUUCAGACUGUGUUAGACCAUUUGUGGCUCUGCAGAGUUGUAUCAAAGCAAAUGCUGAUGCAUUUUCAGAGGACAUUUUAGAGGACGAUGAAAUCAAGAAAGAGGAAAAACCAUCCAAAGAAUACAAAGUUUACCCUCCCCUUUGGUCUGUAGAAUCCAAAAAAUCCAAACAAAAGUCUUAAGACAGAAUGUACUUAUUCGAUUCCGUGGAACCUCAUUUUGUUAAAUACUAACUUCCAUGGGGCAUUUUUCCAGUCUAUUUCAUAUUAUUACCAAGAGAUUUCUUUAGGUCUAAGACACCACCAAGAAGUGUUCUUAUGAUUAGAGGCAUUUUGUAAACGUUAAUAACAAUCUGUAGAUUGAUCCCCCUUAUUGGUUUUAACUGAGCAAGAAGGGCCUCCAAUGCUUUUUA